CUGGGAAGAAGAGAGAGUCGCAUCUUUUUCCCCUGGAUGAAACAUCUCCGUGGCGGAAAAAACGACGGUGAAGUUACCUUCUGAUACACCGCAAAAGGCUGAUGAUGAGUCUCUGAGCAGGACUUCUAAACAUGGACGGUGCACCUUAGCCAGCGUAAACUAGUUUUUGCUGAGUCUCUCUUUUGACAUCACCCUCAGACCGGAUGACGGGAGAUGAGACACCGCAGCCUUGGACCGCAUCAUGAGUAUCCAGAGUCUGGGAGGAGCUAUAGGGGAGUCCCUGGGCUCUAGCCUGACUGUGCGUAUGAGCGGAGCGGGUGGCGGGUGGAGCGCUCUCUCCCUCAAACCUGUUUCCUCUGGGCGCAUCGCCUCUAUUUUCCAAACCAUGGUGCCCACCGGGUACACCAAGCUACAGGAGGAGCGGCUGUCCAUGGUGGACCUCGGAGCUAAACCGGACGUCGGCUCGCUCCAGAACGGCUACAGGCAAGAGACGUCUCACAUAGAGGGCAGACGGCUCCUGGACCGGGCCUCUAGGUCCUCUGUGACUUUAUCGGACUGCGGAGACGGAGGUUACUCUGAGACUGAGCCCAUGCUGGCUGAGAGGAGGCUCUCCGGGGAGGAGGCAGACGAGGAGGAGGAAGAGGAUGAUGACGAGGAGGCAGGGCUGGGAUCGGCUGCGCAGAACAUGCCCAAGGAGUCGCCUCUGGCUAUGGCAUUGCAGAUCCUCGUGCCUUUCCUGCUCGCAGGAUUUGGAACGGUAUCAGCUGGAAUGGUGCUGGAUAUUGUGCAGCACUGGGCGGCGUUCCAGUACAUCACGGAGAUCUUCAUCCUGGUUCCUGCGCUGCUCGGCCUGAAGGGAAACCUGGAGAUGACUCUGGCCUCCAGGCUGUCCACAGCGGUGAACGUGGGCAAGAUGGAUUCUCCCAUAGAGAAGUGGAAUCUAAUCAUAGGCAACCUUGCACUGAAGCAGGUUCAGGCCACCGUGGUGGGUUUCCUCGCAGCCGUAGCAGCUGUGGUUCUCGGUUGGAUCCCUGAGGGGAAGUUCCAGUUUAGCCACGCCGUGUUGCUGUGCUCCAGCAGCGUGGCCACGGCCUUCAUAGCCUCCCUGCUGCAGGGUAUCAUCAUGGUGGGUGUGAUCGUGGGCUCAAAGAAGACAGGCAUCAACCCAGACAAUGUUGCUACACCCAUUGCAGCCAGUUUUGGUGACCUCAUUACCUUGGCAAUCCUGGCCUGGAUAAGCCAAGGCCUCUACAAGUGCCUGGAUUCCUACCCAUACGUGUCGUCACUGGUUUGCGCUUUCUUCAUGUCUCUGACGCCACUGUGGAUGGUCGUCUCCUCCAAGCACCCAGCCAGCCGCACCCUGCUCUACUCCGGAUGGGAGCCAGUCAUCACCGCCAUGGUCAUCAGCAGCAUCGGAGGGCUCAUCCUUGACAAAACAGUGUCAGACCCAAAUCUGGCAGGCAUCGUGGUGUACACGCCGGUUAUCAAUGGUAUCGGGGGAAACCUGGUGGCCAUUCAGUCCAGCAGGAUCUCCACUCACCUGCAUUUCCACUGUGCUCCCGGGGAGGUUCCGGAUGAGGCUAAGGGCUGCUACUAUCCCUGUCGCACAUUCUGGGGUACAGGGGCCAAUCACCGAUCCGCUCAGGUGCUCUUCCUUUUGGUGAUCCCCGGUCACCUGAUCUUCCUCUACACCAUCCACCUGAUGAAGAGCGGACACACCACCCUGACCCCCAUCUUCAUGUCGGUCUACCUGGCUGCUGCUAUGCUGCAGGUAUUGCUGUUGCUGUGUAUAGCAGACUGGAUGGUGCACUCCAUGUGGCGCAGCGGCAAAGACCCGGAUAGUUUUUCCAUCCCCUACCUGACAGCUCUUGGUGACUUGUUGGGCACCGCCCUACUCGCACUCAGCUUCCACUUCCUGUGGCUCAUAGGCGACCAGGACAGCGACGUGGGCGACUGAAGCGGUCUUUAACGCUGUCUGCCAUCCAGUUUCUCACGCCCUUUAGCCUUGUGGGAAUGUGGGUGCUUUCUGUCUCUAGCCAGCACAUUCCUCCACCUCUCUAACUGGAUAAAACUUCAUUUAAGCCACAUGAUGGUUCGGAAAACUCUGACUAUUUUCUUCCCUGACUUUUUUUUAUACUCUACAAAGGACACUGUAUUCCACAAAUUUAGACUGUUUUCAGUAGAGACUUUUUGAUCUGCGUCGUUUGCACCAAAGCACUUGCAUAUUGUCUUGCUGGUCUUGUUCAAGGGAAGCAGGAAAACACCAGCCACCACCCACAAUGCUGAGGAAUCCUUGCUUUUGGCAGGUCGGUCAACUCUGCCAGCCAAGCAUCAGUCGGAGGUCCUCUACUUAACAGAAAUCUCUCUGGCUGUUUUUUUUUUUUUUUUUUUGGGAUUUACCACCCAACGUGAUACAAAAUGUAUUACCUGCCCUGUGUAUUACCACUGUGCAUCAGUGGAGAGACUCAGAGACAGUUUGGGGUGGAGGCCGUGAAGAGGGGAGUGUGUUGCUGUUUUGUUCCGGAUCAGCUCUUCAACACACACUGACACUUUGCCUUUUUAACAACUCUACCAGCAUCAGAGUUUAAAGGGAGUAACAAGAACUUGUUUUGUUGCGAUGAAAAGUCAGCGUUUUCAUUCUGUUUUGUGUGUCUACCCUUUUUAGGUUUUUGUUGUUUUACAAGUGUCUAAACUCAGUCUGUACAAUAGAGUUGUGGUUUUCAUAUGUCUGAAUUUGUCUUUUCCUAAACUGUUAAUCCCCGCGAGGUUAAGACUGAAACAUUCGUCUUUCCCACGUUUUCCCAACAAACCUACACAAGUGUCACUAGGAGACAUCUGCAGUGCAUGGUUUUCUUUUACACUUGUACCCACUUGAACAUAUGUUUUUUCUGCCUCCUACCAUGACAUCAGGAUCUGGUUCAGGUUUUUUUUCCCAACCAUUUUGGCUCUGAGGGACCAGAAAACAAAUUCAGUCCAGUCAUAUGGACCAACACUACAACUCUAUAUUCUACCCUGACGAAAGGCUAAUGACUUCAUGCCAAGAUUUAGUUUGAAUUUAGAUUUAAUCAUUACAGGAACAUGAAUGAGAUACAACUGCAAGUGCAUUUAAGACCGUCUGAAAAGAUUGUCAUUUUAUAAUAAGUCUGCUGGAAACAGCAUUUUUAGCCAACUCAUGCUGCAUGCCAAAAUUGGUUGAUCUAGAAAUAACACGCUUCAUUUGAAGUCAGUGACCUAUUGUUUAAAAGAAUUUUGAUGGUCAAUCUGCUCCCAUUAUGUACUGUAGGUGUAGCAACAGACAUUGGAAUUGAUGCACAGAGACAUUUACUGUCUGGCUAUAUUUGCAGCCUCGGCCACCUGAUAUCUUCUGGAAAUUGUUAACCGCACUUCCCUGACACUCGUGUAAAACAAACCAUGAAUUCCUCUGUAUAUUUUGACAACCUCCUCAGUUCUCUCUCAUUAAUUUCCUGUGUUUGUUUGUCCUGUCUUCUAUCUUCGGUGGGUGCCUGGUUGUCGCACACACACACAGGAGCAGGAGUGGUGCAUCAGUCCAGCAUUUAACAUUCCAUGCUGGAUGUUUGCACAUUGUUGUUUACAUGCUUGCGCAAUAUUAAUCAACAGUUUUCACAGUCUGAUUUACAUCAUCAUAUCAGUCUAAUUUCAUAAUCAGUGUUAACAUCAUCGGAUGAAUUGCUACAUUUCUGCUCGAUUUUUACUCACUUUUUUCCAUAAUAUGUGUUGUCUUUUAUAAGGUCGGAGAAGAUUGAUCCAGAUUAGGCAACCUGAUUAUUAAAUCGAUCCCUCUAAGUCUAGGAGGUGUGAUAUUAAAACUCUUAAAUCAAGCCGCCACCUUAAUCUGAUCAUUCAGCAGCAUAUUGUGUGCAUGUGGAUGUAGCCGGUGGCUCUCUUCAACUCCAAUAUGUGCCUCUUGAGAUUCACUUGGUAGACAAGGUGUUUUU